CUGCACUACCUGGUCAUCAUGAACCCACGACUCUGUGGCCUGAUGAUUUUGGUGUCAUUUUUCAUCAGCCUUUUGGACUCCCAGCUGCAUAAUUUGAUGGUGUCACAGCUUACCUUCUUCAUAGAUAUGGAAAUACCUCAUUUCUUCUGUGACCCUUCUCAGCUACUCAACCUUGCCUGUUUUGAAAUCCCCACCAAUAACAUAUUAAUGUAUUUAUUUGCGGCCAUCUUUGGUGGCAUUCCAGUCUCAGGGAUCCUUUUUUCUUACUAUAAAAUAAUUUCCUCCAUUCUGAGAGUCCCAUCAUCAGGUGGGAAGUAUAAAGCCUUCUCCACCUGUGGCUCUCACCUGUCAAUUGUUUGCUUAUUUUAUGGAACAGGCCUUGGGGUGUACCUCAGUUCAGCUGUCUCGCACUCUCCUAGGAAGGAUGCAGUGGUCUCGGUGAUAUACACAGCAGUCACUCCCAUGAUGAACCCCUUUAUCUAUAGCUUAAGGAACAGGGACAUCAAGAGGGCCAUGAAGAGGCUCUUCAGAAAAAUAGCCUAA